UCAUGUCUCCAAACAAGUCUUUUAACUUAACAAGUUCAAAAUUGACUUUUGACUUUAAAACUUUUUAAUCCAAGUUCCGAUUUUUACUCAUAGUACACAUUUCUCCCCUCUCUAUUUUGUGAUGAAUGAUACUUAAUUGAUUUGUGAUGCUUCUGAAUGGCUGUCUUGGGGUUUGAGUCCUCAGGAAAGUAACUUUUGUGUCGACAUGGCAAUAGCUGGUGGUGGAAAAUCCAUUUAUCUUGAGGCGCUGGUACAGUAAUUGGACUCAUCCUUUGAUUAGUUCUGGCUAUCCAUACCCUUAGAUUUUAAGUUACAAUACUCAUCACAGCUCUACUGUCAUCUCAAGUUCAAGAAUGCCAGCACUAAGGGACAUGCAUAUCUCUCCCUCAUUUGGGAAUGUCCCUGCUUUGUCUCAAACUUACACUGGGUGUUGCCCUCGACGCUAUGUGGUAGCUUUUCUAAGUUUCUUGGGAUUCGCUAAUAUUUAUACUCUCAGAGCCAAUCUCAGUGUUGCAAUCAUAGCCAUGACUAACAAUCACACUAGAAUAGUCGGAAAUAAAACGGUAGUAUCUCCUCCUGAAUUCAAUUGGAACAUUGAAACACAAGGAAUUGUCCUGAGUUCAUUUUUCUGGGGAUAUAUUGCAACUCAAUUGCCCGGGGGCUACAUAGCUGUCAAAUUUGGUGGCAAAAGAUUGCUGGGUACAGGUGUUGCUGUUACAGCCCUACUCACUAUUUUCACUCCGUAUUUUGUCAGAAAAAAUUUCUAUUUUUUGAUUGCUGCACGCAUCAUUGAAGGUAUUUUUGAGGGAGUCUCAUAUCCAGCCACGCAUGGACUGUGGAGUCGCUGGGCUCCGCCUGCAGAGCGAUCGCGCCUGGUCUCAAUAUCAUUUUCUGGCAGUUAUUUUGGAACAGUUAUUGUCAUGCCUUUGUCUGGUUUCUUAUCUGAGUAUUUUGACUGGCCAUCCAUCUUUUACACUUUUGGAAUAGCUGCUCUCAUUUGGUGUUUAAUUUGGUUUGCCUGGGUGUUUGAAACCCCAAGUGAAGACCUUUUCAUAUCAGAUUUGGAGCUGAAUUAUAUCCAAGACUCCAUUGGAAAUCAAGGACAUAGGGCGGGCAGUAUGCCAUGGAAAAAGAUUCUUACCUCAGCCCCAGUCUGGGCUAUAGUGGCCGCUCAUUACACAGAAAAUUGGGGCUUCUAUACAAUGCUUACCGAGCUUCCGUCCUACAUGGAAGAUAGAUUCAGUUUUAGUUUGAAGAGUGCAACAAUACUAGAAGCACUACCAUACCUUGUGGCAGGAACAAUUGUCCAAAUCGGCGGUUUUGUUGCAGAUUGGUUGAGGGGUACAGGAUUGAUGACCACAACAACAGUACGAAAAUCAUUUAUCGUAUGGGGUUUCCUUGGCCAGGCCUGUUUUCUUACAAGUGCAGCGCAUUCAGACAACCCAAUCUCAUUCAUCGCCAGAAUAAGUUGUGGUGUUGCGUGUGCCAAGAUAGCUUGGACAGGAAUUGGAGUGAAUCAUCUGGACAUAGCUCCACCCUAUGCUGGUGUGCUCAUGGGUAUCUCUAACACAAUAGGAACUCUUGCUGGAAUUAUCACGCCUUCUCUCUCAGGAUAUCUUGUCCACAGUGAUCAUUCAAUAAUGGGGUGGCGUAAAGUAUUUUACAUCUCUGCUGGAACACAUGUUGUGGGUGCUGUCAUUUAUUACUGCCUGGGCUCAGGAAAAAUUCAGCCGUGGGCAAUAGAGGAGCCGUGCAUAGAGGAUGUUGAUGAAGAGGACGCAUAUGUAAACAACGACGAAUCUACUCACUUAGUCCAAACAGAGAUACGAUAAGUGUCUGUUAGUGACAUUCUUAUUUCUCAAUCUUUGAAUUUAAUUUCAUUACUCAUUUGAACCAAAUGUUUUUUGGAAAGGUUUUUUCUUUAAUAGUUAGUCAUACUGCAUUUAUGGAGCACUAACCAAGUAUCCAAUUUUUUUUUCUACCGAACUUUGGUUAAAAAUCUGUAAAUAAAGUUUAAUUUUUGAAUAUCUCCAAAAGGACUCAGAAUUGUCAAAAUGUGCUGCCCUCUGCCUUGUCUUGCUCAGCCUCCAAAAAUGACAAACAUGUUCCCUUGAUAGUUUUAUUAAAAAAGUCUUGAAGUUGGCUGUGUGUAUUCUGCAUGAAGUAAACAUAAGUUUAAAUACAAUUUUUGAAGGACGGUGUUGCUGUCUUCUCACCAGUAAA